UCUCUGAUGUUAUGGUCCUCUUCGAGAACGAAGGGCAAAAAGGCACAUUAAGCCAACCGAACUUUUCCCUAAGUGAGACUUCACAAAUCUUAGCGGGGCACACGACCGCGCCCGGAAGUCUGAUCCAAGUUUCAGCCGUGUCCGGCAGGCGAUAGAAUUACUACGCGGCCGGACGAGGCACCGCACGCACGCACGCACGCUUUGACCCGCACAACAACUCUGGUUCCUUGAAAUGGACUGGGGAGAUGAAUAUUCUUAUAAUUCUUUUGACAUAGAAUGUUUGUUAAAUUCAUUUCCUGGAGACCUGGAAUUUGAACAAAUCUUCAGUGACAUUGAUGAAAAGAUUGAGAAAAAUGCUGCAAGCUUGCAACAGUGUCUAAAAGAUAUCCAGUGUGAAGUUAACAAAAGGUGUGGUUCUGAUGUUCCACUACAAACCACAAGUGACUGCCUCGAAUGGUUAAAUAACUACAGUUCCAGUUCGCUCAAACCACCUUCCUGUUCUCAUGGAGAUUUGAUCAAAUUCCUCAAAACCUUGCAAGAUUUAUUGAAGAAUGAACAAAAUCAAGAAGAAAUGAUCAUGGAUCUCCUUUUGGAUAUCUCUAGUCAGUGUGGAGUUUCAUUCCCAUGUACCCCAAGUGGAACAUCUUUUCUAUUCACAUCUAGAACUUCUCUACAUGCAGUUGAAGAUCAUUCAUCUAUGGAUGUAAAGUCUUUGUGGGAUGAUAUCAGAUUGCAUCUUCGACGCUUCUUACUGAGCAAAUUACAGAGUCAUAAUAAAAUAAACAAUUCACCGCACACUAUUUCAUUUAAAACUCACUGCAUUCGACAGCUUUUGUUUCUUUAUCCAGAAUCAGAAGUUUUAGCCAAGUACCAAAGCCUACAGAAUAAAUUGGUUACUCACCUCCUAGAGAAUUCUUUUUUAUCUUACAACAGAGAAGCAAAUUUAGACACAGUGAUACAUGGAUACCAAAAUUGCAUACUUAAAUUAUGCAAAAUGAUUAAACAGGAUUUUUAUGUACUAAGUGAAAUUUUAGCUCCUUCUUCAGUACUAAAAUUCAUUAAUGAAACUUACCUGGAUUCCAUUAAGGAAGAAAUGACAAAUUUUCUGGAAAAAUUUUGUGAACUACAAUUCAAAGAAAAUGCUGUCCAUGUGGUUAAAACAGGCAAGAGUUCCAGCAAACAUAGAGGAGCAGUGCAUGCUUUGGUUACUCAUGAAUGCCCACGAAAAGGAAGAAACAUCUGCCUCUCCUUAUAUGAACUCAGAUUCCUAUCACAACUCAUAAAACCUCUGUUAAAAUUGGAAAAGGAAGUUCAAGACCUUUCCCAAGAAUUGCUCUCACUGCCCAAGAUAUCCAGACAUACUUCAGGAGCUUGGAAGAAAUCUAGUGGAGAAUUUUUAAUACAGGAAGCGAGAGCAAAUGAAACUAACAUACUACCUGAGAAAUUACUGCAGAUAAAAGAGUAUACUUUACUAGAUUUUGGCUGGAGAAGUGCAUUUAAAGAGGUGUCUCUUUCGGUGGUUCGUUGUUUAACAAUAGCAAUGGAAGAUCAUGCCAUUAAAAUUCUCCAUCGUGAACAGAAUGAAAAAUCUUCAGCUGUAAACUAUACUAUGAGUCUUGUAAAUGUUCACUCAGUUUGGGAGCUGUGCAGAGCAACUCCUGAGGAAGACCAACCAAAAAAAAUUGUGAAGGUUUGUUCUGACAUCAUGGAAGAACUUGACAUGAUGCUUCCUCUAGCUCUCGCAUGCAGAGAUGGUUCAUUUCAGGAAAUUAGAGCAAACUUUGUGGAGGCCUGUUGCAAAGUAGCAACAGCUGUCCUGGCAAGGUUGGAAGAGAGAAGCAAGGAAGUUCCUUCCAAAAUACCCUUGCAAAAUUUAUAUACUCUUCUCGCUACAGCAAUAUUUGUCUUUCAGCAUUUUAUGCACUAUGAUGAUUUGAUGAAAGAAACAAGUAAGAAACCCCUAUUCCUAGUGCCUGUCCAACGAUAUCAGGAACUCAUCAGCACUCUCCAGUUUCAAAUUACAGACUACUGCGUCAGAGUUUGUGCUACAAGCAUUUUACAAGAUGCAGAGAGCCACCACUGGGAUGACUACAAAGCUUUUUAUGAGGGGGAAAGAUGCUCAUUCUCUAUCCAGAUGUGGCAUUAUUUCUGCUGCGCUCUCCAUCAUGAUCUGUGGGCUGCUCUACCCCCCAAGUUAGCCCAAGAGAUUCUCAUAGAUGUGUUGGAGAAAUCUUUGGAUCUGCUGGCCUCCAGAUAUUCUCAGGCCCAUCCCAGUUAUAAGAGAACUCCACAGAUAAGGUUUGAUGUUACUGCAAUUUUAAUAUGCAUCGAAGAAAUGCUCUGGUCAAUUUGUAGAUCAGUACAAGAACUUUUGAAUCCUUGUGAAUGUAUAAAUGAAAAGAUCUUGAAAAUUCAUACCCACUGUAAUAAUCUAUUUACAACAAUGAUCAUUUUGACAUCACCAUUAACAGAAUUAUAUAAGACAUUUGAGAAUGGCACUGAUCUUAUAUCAGAUUCUUCAGAGUCAUCUUUCAAUCAACCAUUACAUUGGAUUUCUUGCAUAGAACAUUUUUCUCCUUCUUUCCUUAGGAUUCCAUCAGCUGGAGGAAUGGCAGUCCAGGGUCGACUGAAACUGCUCUUAUCCCAACCCUGUUGUAAUUGGAACUUGCUUUUGGAAACCCUCCUGCAUGAUGAUUGUCUGAUACUAAAAAUUUUGUUGAGAAGUGAGUUUUGUGUUGGUACCUUAUCAAAAUAUGAAGAAAAAGUUCUUCAUGUGGGAAAGAUGCCUAAUCAAGAGCCUACUUUGACAGAAACAAUCUUCAAAUUGUUAUCCUAUUGCAGUCUUUCUCCUCAGUCACUUGGAAGGGUCUUCAUCAACUAUAUGGAACUAGAACAAUUAUGGAAUUUUUUAUAUGACAUUCCAGCUAAAAGUAACAUGGAGUCUGAACCAGAGAUCAUCAGAUGCUUGAAGAUGACAUUGACUGAAGCAGUCAAGAGCAUCAUAAAGCAAUUAACUUCACUGAUGACUUCUUGGGAAGCAGCAGGAAGCUGUGGAGCGUACUCACACAAACAAGCUUUUCCUGAAAGUUUACUUAAGACAGUUCCAAAAGAAUGGAGUUAUAAUGCAAAAGAAAUGAAAAGAAAAGAAUUGGGGAAAGGAUUCACAAGAUUUGCAGCUCAGGCGGUAUCUAUUGUAAUCAGCGAGUUACCCACCGUGAUUGCAUGUUUGCCUCCCCCAAUUAAGUACUUCUUUUUUCUGUGUGAGAGAAAAAUGUCAAAAAACUUUGUUGAAUUGAAGAAAACUGGUCUGCUUGUCUGGAACCUGAUUGUAAUUAUAUGUCGGAUAGUUGAGGAUGGAAACACCUUGGAAUUUUUAACGGGUACCUUGCUUGACAGUUGGAGUAAAGAGAAACUCAGUUUAGUUUGUGUGUGUUUAGAAAGCAUUAUGGGAAAGCAGAAAAGUAGCCCUAAUCAAGUGACCCAGCGGGUUAUACACAGCAUUGAGCAACAAAAACCAAACUGGAUUGAAAGCCAGUUGCUGAAAGCAAGAAAAUUGAGCACAGAAUGUGCACUUAUGGUGGUAGAAGAAGGCACAGCCUCAGAAGAAGGUAUUGCUCUUGAAUUGACUGAGCAGAAAAUAAACAUGAUGGUCCUGGAUAUCUGCCACAAACCAGGUGGCAGUGAGUACCUGAGGCAAAUUUAUCACAUCAUCCGGCUCAAUGAGGAAUAUUUGAAAGAACAGCUGUCUUCGAUGAAUGUACCAGAGGAAAACACAUUACCUACCGGACCUUUAAAAGUGACCUUGAAGAGCCUGGAAAAGCAGCCUCCUGCUUUUAACCCUUUUCAGGUGUAUAAGUGGUUUAGUAAAAAAAUGCUGGAUCAGUCAGCCAUAACUAAAUGGGACUGGAAUUGGUCAAACUUGUUGCCAAGUUAUCUGGGACUGAAUAAAACGACCUUCAGGGCACUGCUUAAGAACAGGUGGGAGAUGAGGGCAGAUGAAACCCUAGAAGAGGAAGAAAAAGUGAUGCUGGAACGUUUGAAAACAAUGUGUUUGAUCCAGAGCUCUUCUGCCUCAGAUAACCCAGAGGAACAGUGAUCUGCAAAAAAGGGGAAAAAAAGGCAACUGAUAUAUUUUAGGAAGUCUUAGCAUGCCAUGGAGCGUGUUUCAUCCUAGAAUCGGAAUACACCUCAGAUGUGCUGUGAAGCAUGAAACCAAUGGCUUAAGUAAGCCCUGUACAGAAAAUGAGUAGUUAUUAAAGCAUAAGGAACAUAGUGGCGUUAUAUAUUUUUUAUUUUUUAAAUUAUAGUUUAAAAUUGCCUUUUUAAACUUGUCUUCUUCUGUGAUGUGACUGCUGCUACCUUGCAUUCUCUUUGAAUGUCUUUAUUUUUUUCUCUUUGGAUUUUUAAAGCAUCUGUGAAAGUAGGCCAGAUUGUUGGAAAAUAUCAUCAUACCUCCUGGUUAUUUGAUAUAUGUGGACCACUACUAAAACAGAAUGAUAUUCUUAAAGGGAUAAUGGUCAUCCUAGUCCUCCAAGCCCAGAAUUUUGAAGGCAUCUCCAAUUACUCAACCACCAUCAGUCCCCAGAUGCAGUCUAUCACAAAGUCCUUCCUUUCUCUGUAUUUCUUUGAUGGGCCUCCAUUAAUUUUAUAACUGUAGUCUAUAAGCUUUCUCCUGAAUUACUACUACUGUAACUAAUGUACCAGCUUCCCUACCUACCUCUAGCCUUUCCUCACUGCACUCCUUUUCAUUGCAGUAACAAGAGUUCUUUUUCUAAGGUAACCUUUGAAUACAGGAACCUUGUUUCUCUUGCUGCUCCCAUCAAAUUAAAGUUUCUUUAAAUUAAAUCAGAUCCAAAGUGAUGCUUUAAGUUCACCCACCCAUUAGCCCCCCAUCUUGCCAAAUGCCCUUGUCUCCUAUACCCUCUACUGCAUAAAAAGAGAAGCUAUCUUCCUCCAAACCUGACAAGUAUGUUUAUAUUUGUCAAAACUGUAGAAAUAUAUUGACAAUCUCUCACCUCUGAGUCAUCACACUUAACAUUGCCCAACCAGAAAUACCUACAACUUCCACUAACCUCUUCCUUUACCAUGUCCAAAACUCAUCCACUUUCAAGACACCUUUUCAGAAAAUCACCUGCCUUUUUCCUAUCUCCACUUCUCCUAUUUCCAGGCAUUUAUUAUCACUCAUGUCCAUGUCAUUAAAGGUCUAUUCUAGCUACUACAGACCCAGAGCUAAUUAUGGAAAAUUAUUUUUCUGUCACUUGCAUUUAUAUAUACUAUUAUAUUUAUAUUUGCCAUGAUUAUUGUCCUUAUUCUUGAAGGCCUAAUAGCGUGUUCUACAUAGAUGCAACACUCACUAGCUGAUUAAUUGGCAUAGUGGGAAAUAAUCUAUAAGACAACUGGCUAAAAACCCCAUCAUAAGGUUCAUUAGAGAUCAAACAUGAGAAAAUUGGCCUUCUCAGUAAUAGGUCUUUCAUUUCUCUAUAAUUCUUUUAAAAUAUUUUGGUGUUUUUUAUUUUAAAGGAAAAAGGUUCUUUUGUUUUAUGUUGUUUUCUUACCAUUUUUAAAAAAUGGGUUGAGUGCAUUGAGGGAUUGCAGCUACAGAGAAUCUCUUGCUUUAUUUCUUUAAAUAAAAAUGCACAAAUGGCCUAUGUAGCUGCCUGCCAAAUAAACUACUUUAUUUUUAAGAGUAUACUUUAUUUGGCCAGUAUAGUCAUGAGCCUAAUGCUUUAGGACAUGGCAGAAGGAAUUUCUUAAAAUGGGAGAAGUUUUUUUUUGUUGUUUUUUUUUUUUUUUGUGACAGAAGAGACAGACUAGUUUAAAAGUCUGCAGCUCGUAAAUAGUUAUGAGAAGAAAACUUUUAGAGUUUUGGACUUUCCCAUUUUAUUUUAUUGAUCCAUUAAGUCAAAGAUAGCUUAUUAAUCCAUUAUGUUGAAUAUGAAGCUUAUCUUACCCAUGUAUAUAUCCUGUAAAUAAAAGGCUAUUAAAUAAAAAAAAAUUAAAAAAAAAAAAAAAAAGAAUAUGAAGCUUACCAUAAAUACUUACUACAGCAAUCAGCAUAAGGCAACAAAGGACUUUAUUGAAGUGACCUUGGUGCUUCCAUAUGUGCUAAACUUGAAGGAGAACUGUAUGUUCUUUAUUUAACUGAACACUAAAAUGGAAAGUCACUAUAAAAAUAAAUUGACCUGACAACCACAUAGAAGAACUUACGAGGUUCUCAAAUCUGGGUGGCUUUUCGUGAUGAUUUCAUCUGCCUAAUGGUCACCUCCUAAAACCUAUGGGGCCUGAACUAAUUAUACUAGGGAUGAGACAUUUCUCUUAUCAAUAUUAGCCAAUAGUAGACGUGCUUCUUCUGGAACCUCAUUUUUCUCUUUUGAUCCCAUUUCAAACUGAAAGAGAAAUAUUGAUGGGGGGGGAGUGGAGACUAGAACAGCUAACAAAUGAGCAGAUCUUUUGGCUCUGGACUAUAUUAACUCCAUGAAUUUACUGUCAGAGUAAGUGUCAGAAGGUGUAUAAUUAAAAAUGUUAAAUGACAUAUCACUGAUUUUUUUUUUUUGGAAAGACAGUUUUUGAUUUAUACUUAAUGCCUUUCUUAAAGUACAAUAAGGAGUGGUUCUUCAAAAGACUUGCUCAUUUUGACAUCUGUUUCACAGUGACAAAAAAUUAAUGUACAGAGGAAGCCAAUGCAGCUUUAUUGAAUUUACCUCCUCAAACUAUUGUCUUCUUUACCUGGGAAGUAUGAAUCAGCCUAUAAGUUGUCUUAAAUUUAUUUCAUUUUUUAAAGGGAACUAGCCAUAUAUUUGUAAACUAGCAAUUCUGUACAAUUCUCCUGUUACAUUUACUGACCUAGUAAUGGAUUUAUAAAAUAGAUUACUAUUAAGAUUAUUAGUAAUUACUGUAUGAAGUAUAAUUCUAUACACAAAUACACAUAAAUGUUAAGGAUUCCUAGCUUUUAUUUUAUAAUCUGUAAGAUACAUAUUACUAUAUUCUCAGGAUAAGUUUAGAACUUUGUUACAUAAGUACCAACUGUAAUCAAAGAAUGAGAAAUAAAAAGCAUUUGUUUCUA